AUGGGUAUCCAAGGUUCUUUCACGGCCCUGGUGGCAGCACUGAAUGUAAGUUCAGCUGUGGCAUUCAACGUAAUUCCCCGCCAAAGCAACGGCACUGGCGAAACAAGCCCGUACUUUUCGGACGUGUCCGACUACAUCAAUUCCAUCAUUGACGAGCUAUGGCCAAUCAAUAAGGAAAUCCACGAGAACCCUGAGCUAGGCUAUGAAGAAGUCAAAGCCCAUGACCUCCUUACUUCCUUCAUGGAAUCCCACGAAGGGUGGAAUGUUACAAGAUCCAUCUAUAACAUCAGCACCGCAUUCGUCGCGGUGUUUGAAGGAUCAGGCGAGGGGCCUGUUGUGUCCUUCAAUGCCGAAUAUGCCUCUGUCGGAGGAGCGCUUGCUGCCGCUGAGAUCAUGCGUGCUAAAAGCAUUCCUAGUAAAGUGAUUUUAUUCGGCACUCCUGCUGAAGAGAGCCUUGGUGGCAAGGUCAAGCUCCUUGAAGCCGGCGCCUUCAAGGAUCAUAACAUCGACAUCUCACUUAUUUCCCACCCCACCAACGGCGGCGACUCUCCAUACAUGAUCACCACAUCGACCGACCGUUUCGAAGUAGAAUACUAUGGCAAGGAGGCCCACGCGGCUGCGUCUCCUUGGGAGGGAAUCAACGCUCAAGACGCCCUGGUCCUCGCCAACAAUGCCAUCGCUCUCCUCCGCCAGCAGACGCGAUCGACCGACAAGAUCCAUGGUAUUAUUACCUCCGCAGGAACACGCAUCAAUGUCAUCCCCGCGCUCGCUCAAGCGUCUUUUCAAAUCCGAUCCGCCGAGGACGAGGCCCUGGAAGAAUGGACUGAGCGCAUCAUCAAGUGCUGGGAAGCCGGUGCCCUGGCCACAGGCGCUGAGCUCAACGUCACCAAGCGCCCCUACGGCUACUCCAACAUGAUAUCCAACGACGUUCUCGCCAGCUCCUGGUCAAAGUACUUCACCGAACUUGGCGGCGAAGUCCCCAACGCCGAGGUUGAUAAGCUGCGCGAACCGAGUGGUAGCACCGAUCAGGGAAAUGUUAGCAAAGACUUCCCCACGAUCAGCCCUUGCUUUGGAAUUACGAACGAGAAUGGCAGGGCGCCAGCUGGCGGUCCUCAUACUGCUGCCUUUGAAGUUGCCGCUGGUAGUAGGGCUGCAUUCGACAAGGCCAUCGUGGUCGCGAAGAGCAUGGCUGGUGUUGCUGUUGAUGUCCUGACUGUUGACGGCAUGCUCGAACUGAUCAAGGAGGAGUUCGAGGCUACACAAACUGUUGGUAUCACAGGCGUGAUACAUUUCCUCAUGAGGGUGUAUCUUCGGCAACAAUCACGUCGAUGUCCGUGAUAAUUGCUGUUGUUGUU